AUGCGAAAACCCUAUAACCAGUGGACCUUCGGUGCCUCCGAACUGGUCGGAUCAGACUGGGAGUCCGAACUUUGCAUCGGAAUCAUCAAGACCGAGGCAUGA